AUGAAAUCUGGACCAAAAAAUUUUGAACAAGUGUUAACUUCUCUCGCUAAUAAUUAUUUACCAACGUCUCAAACUCCAGGGGAUCCACAGUCUCGUCUUGAUGCGGCAUUAGCUAGAAUUUUAAACGAGACUUCACGUUAUUUGUUCUUCAAGAAUAAACACCACGAGGGUAAUUCUACUGUUGAAAAAAAAAUUGAAAAUACUGAAGUUAGUCCUGAGAUUACUGAUUUUUCUGAUAUUAAUGAAAAUCAAGAAAUUAGUAGUAUUGUGAUAAAUAAUAGUAAUAUUGAACAAAAUAAAUCGUAUAAAGCUUCUGAUAUACGUUACAUGAGAAGUAAUGAUUCAUCAGGAAAUUCACAAAAUUAUCUAUCCUUAACAAACUCUACUCUCCAAAACGGUGGCAAUAAAAAACAAUUGUAUAAAAAUUCAUUUAAAUGA